AUGUCAAUAAAAAGUCAAGUCGAGGCUAAAAUCGAAGAUUUUGAUGUGCAAGGUGCAAUAAGAAUUUUAAGCUCGGACGAAAAACUGGCACCUUUUGACAAAAACACGCUGGACUCACUGGCCACUAAGCAUCCUGCUCCAUCACGUGAUCUUUCGUUCCCGGAUCCUCCGGAUGGAUCUUUAGAACACUACCCAUUAAUCGAACACGAAAUUCAAAAGAGUAUUAAUUCUUUUCCUGCUGGAUCCAGCCCUGGUAUAGAUGGUUUACGCCCUCAAUUUCUUAAAGACAUCAUCUCAAAAUCGGCCGGAGAUGCAGGGAAAAGAGUAUUGACUGCUAUAACUAAACUUUGUAACUUUAUGCUAGACGGUAAAGUCCACCCAGAAAUUUUGCCGAUACUUUACGGGGCAACACUUUGCGCCCUUCACAAGAAAGAUGGAGGAAUACGUCCUAUCGCAGUUGGCAACACUUUAAGACGCCUAGUUGGGCACACAGCAUGCACAAAAUCAAAUGAGCAAAUCCAAAAACGCCUGGCCCCACAUCAAGUUGGAGUAGCAACAAAACGUGGGUGUGAAAGCGCGGUUCAUUCUAUCAGAACCUAUGUAAACAACCCAGCAAAUUCCGAAAAAGUUUUACUCAAAAUCGACUUUCGUAAUGCUUUCAACAACAUCGAACGAGAUAACAUGCUGGAAGAAUUCAAGUCCUUUGUGCCCGAGCUUUACCCUUUGAUGUAUCAGUGCUACCGCCAACCCACGUUGCUCUUCUACGAUAAAACCACAAUUUUAUCACAACGCGGAGCACAACAAGGCGACCCAUGCGGACCAUUGGGUUUCAGUCUAACCGUACAACCACUUGUAGAACAGAUGACUUCGGAACUGAACGUAUGGUAUCUUGAUGAUGCCUCUCUUGCAGAUAAUUUCAAGACUGUGUUGGCUGAUUUUAUAAAUCUAUUGAAGCUUGCUAAUGAAAGAGGAUUGGAAAUUAAUACAGGAAAAUGUGAACUUUUCUUUUGUAAUGGUUACGUGAACGAGAUUGUAUUACGUUCCUUUCAACAAAUUUGCCCCGGUAUCCGUCUAGUAACUUGUCAUGAUCUAGAAAUUCUUGGUUCUCCAAUCUUCGAAGAAGCAUACUCAAACUGCUUUAUGAAAAAGUUACACCAACUCCAAUGUUUAACGGAUCGCCUCUCAGGAAUUAACACUCACAUAGCGUAUUUCUUAUUACUGUGGAAUUUUCCACAAAUGUUGAUAUCAUUCGACGACCUCCUAAGAAGCUCCUUUACCAACGUCCUCAACAUGAAUAUCAACGAUGACGAAUGGCGACAAGCAACUUUACCUGUAAUUGACGGAGGAACUGGCCUUCGAAAAAUAUGCGACAUAGCACUACCUUGCUUUCUCAGCUCAACCUACGGUGCUCAGACUUUGGCGUCUCAAAUUCUUCCCCAUAUGGAUGGCCAAUUUCCUGUCCACCUUCAGGCUGAUGCUUUAACGGCAUGGAUUCAAGGUGCACUAUCUGGAGCUUGGCUCCAAUGUAUUCCUUCUGCCAAUAUUGGUACCAUGUUGGAUAGCCAAGACUUUGAAACCUGUAUGGCUCUCCGCCUUGGCUGCAAGAGGUUUCAAAAGCACCAAUGCAACUGUGGAAAGGUUGUAGAGGAAAAUGGGCAUCACGGUUUAAGCUGCUUAUCUAGCAAGGGAAGACUUUCACGGCACACAGAGCUGAAUCACAUCAUUCAGAGAGCUCUUGCGUCAAUUAAGAUUUGUUCAAUUCUGGAGCCUGUAGGUUUGUCACGCGACGAUGGAAAACGACCAGAUGGAGUCAGUCUAGCACCAUGGCGAAGAGGACAACGCUUAAUUUGGGAUGUCACCUGCGUGGACACUGUUACGGCAUCAUACAUACAUCAAACAUCAAUAACCGCCGGAUCAGCUAGUGAAAUUCAAGCAAAGAAGAAGCACGAAAAAUAUUCCGAUUUGAAAUCUAACAAUUUUUUCAUUGUGGCUCUAGCUUUUGAAACCUUUGGCCCCUGCAGCUCGGAAACAACAUCAUUUUUGAUGUGUAUUGGACAAAACCUCAUAGCAGAAUCCGGAGACAGCCGUGCUAAAAGUUUCCUAUUCCAAAGAAUAUCGCUUGCCAUCCAACGUGGAAACGCCGCUAGUAUUAGGGGCACCCUCCCAGAUCAUCCAGGAAUGGACGAAAUAUUUUCAUUGUGA